AUGCCAAGCAUUACAAUUCAACCAGAAAUUGAUACGCUCAAAGAAUUACGCUCUCAAAAUGACGACUCUGUCAACAUGUACCCGGUAUAUGCGUUUUUACCAUCAUUAGAUUUAACACCACAUGUUGCAUAUUUGAAGCUUUCACACUUGAAUGACCCUAAAAGAAGUGAAUCCUUUCUGUUGGAAAGUGCUACUGGUGAUGAACUGGGUAGAUAUUCAUUUAUCGGGAUUUCACCACAUAAAAUCAUUAAAACUGGACCAACAGAAGGCUUGGAAGUGGAUCCUUUGAUCAUCUUAGAGCAGGAAAUGUCUCAUCACAAACUAGCAGAAAAUAUUCCGGGAUUACCUAAACUAAGUGGUGGAGCUGUGGGGUAUAUCUCGUACGAUUGUAUUCGUUAUUUUGAACCAAGGACCAACAGGCCUUUAAAAGAUGUUUUAAAAGUACCAGAGGCAUAUUUGAUGAUGUGCAAUACAAUUAUUGCAUUUGACCAUGUCUUCCAAAGAAUUCAAAUUAUUCACAACAUCGACACUAGGGAAACUUCUUUGGAAGAAGGAUUUCAAGCUGCGUCGGGUCUAAUAACAGACAUCGCGAAAGUCUUGGCAGAUACCCAGUCACCAAUUCCAUAUCCUGAACAACCCCCAAUUAAAUUAAACCAAACUUUUACCUCUAACGUGGGUCAAAAAGGUUAUGAAAAUCACGUUUCCACGUUGAAGAAGCAUAUCAAAUGUGGUGAUAUUUUCCAAGCAGUGCCAUCGCAGAGAGUCGCAAGACCCACCUCAUUGCAUCCAUUCAAUGUCUACAGACAACUAAGAACCGUGAAUCCAUCGCCUUAUCUGUUUUACAUCGAUUGUCUCGAUUUCCAAAUUAUUGGUGCAUCUCCGGAAUUACUAUGCCAAUCUGACAAAAAAAAUAAGGUUAUAACGCAUCCAAUUGCAGGUACUGUUAAAAGAGGUGCUACCAUUGAAGAGGAUGACCAGUUAUCGGACCAAUUGAGUGGUUCAUUGAAGGAUCGCGCUGAACACAUUAUGUUAGUUGAUUUGGCCAGAAACGAUAUCAACCGUAUUUGCCAACCUACCACAACUAAAGUGGAUAAACUUCUCACAGUACAACGGUUUUCUCACGUACAGCAUUUGGUCUCGCAAGUUAGCGGUACGCUAAGACCUGAAAAAAAUAGAUUCGAUGCAUUCAGAUCUGUGUUUCCCGCAGGUACUGUUAGCGGUGCCCCCAAGGUGAGAGCUAUGGAGCUAGUUGGCGAAUUGGAAGGUGAAAAACGUGCUAUCUACGCCGGUGCCGUUGGUAACUGGUCUUACGAUGGUAAAACUAUGGAUACCUGUAUUGCCCUAAGAACUAUGGUUUACAAGGAUAACAUCUGUUACUUGCAAGCUGGUGGUGGUAUAGUUUACGAUUCUGACGAAUAUGAAGAGUACAUUGAAACUAUGAACAAGAUGAUGGCUAAUAACGCUACCGUUGUUAAAGCUGAAGAAUAUUGGGCCCGUAAAGUUGGCACCAUUUGA